UGGCUGCAAUGUUCUCCUGAUUGACCGGCCCGCUGAAGGACCGGCAAGCCAAGCCCACUGGUGUGAGCACUGAGAGAGCCUAUAUAAAGCCCAGCAGCGACAUCUCAGCGGGUGUCUGUCACCAGAUCAUCAUCGUCAUCACUCCUCUGCCUCUUUUCGACCUGCAAACUGACUUGGAUUAAUCAUUCUUUUGUGUUAUCAGGAUAGCAUACAGUAGGAGCAGUCAUGUCUCAUGGAUGGGGAUACGGACCAUCUAACGGACCUGAAAAAUGGGUGGAAGGUUUUCCUGUAGCCAACGGGCCCAGACAGUCUCCUAUCAACAUUGUACCCAAGGAGACCCAGUAUGACUCCUCUCUGAGGACUCUGAAAGUCAAGUAUGACCCCUCCAAUGCCAGGGGUAUUCUCAACAACGGACACUCCUUCCAGGUGGAUUUUGUGGACGACACAGACAGUUCCACCCUGACUGGAGGCCCUAUUUCUGGAACAUACCGUUUGAGACAGUUUCAUUUCCACUGGGGAGCCAGUGAUGAUAGAGGCUCCGAGCACACUGUCAACGGCAUCAAGUUCCCUUGUGAGCUUCACCUAGUACACUGGAACACUAAAUACCCUAGCUUUGGAGAGGCAGCCAGCCAGCCUGAUGGACUUGCCGUGGUUGGGGUCUUUCUCAAGAUUGGUGCUGCCAACCCCAGACUUCAGAAAGUUCUGGAUACCUUGGAUGCUAUUAAGACCAAGGGAAAGCAGACGACUUUUGCUAACUUCGACCCGAAGACUCUCCUUCCUGGUUGUCUGGAUUAUUGGACCUAUGAUGGCUCUCUGACCACGCCCCCCCUGUUGGAGAGUGUCACCUGGAUCGUCCUCAAGGAGCCAAUCAGUGUCAGCCCUGCACAAAUGGCCAAGUUCCGCAGCCUCCUCUUCACUGGAGAAGGAGAAGCUCCAAGCUGCAUGGUGGACAACUACCGACCUCCGCAGCCUCUGAAGGGCCGUAAGGUCCGCGCCUCCUUCAAAUAAACCCUGCUUCAUCUUCAUAGCUCCUUUACCCCCUUGCUUUAUCUUCCUUCUUGUUCCCCACAUGCAGUCUUUACUUACCUUAUUUUAGCUUUAACAACAUAAACUUUGGAAAGUAGAAUAAAAAUCCAUCUGCUUACACUUUCUGUGUAAGCAGAUGGUGCUUACACUUUCUGUGACAUAGACUACCAGGAUGUGUUUUGAAAAAAAAAACUUAAAAAAGUUAUUCUUAAGCUUUGACACUAUGUGCACACAUAAAAUGUCUCACUAGCACAGACAAAAGUAGCAUAAAAAAAUUGAUCUACCCCAGCUAACACAGGUACCAAGGGACUACUAACAAUGGGACGGGAAUUCUGGCCCUUUAUCUCCUAAUGUUGUCUGUAAAUUGUUGUGCAUCCCAUAUUCUCUGUCAUGUCUACAAUUAAUAAUCAAAAUUAUUUUCUUAUAUAUAGUGUCUGUUGAUGUGUGACAAGGCAGUCUGCUUUAUCAGAGGCAGUCUAUCCAAAAUAUAAUUUAAAAUAUGUUAAAGGUAGAAGGUAUGUAUGUGUUAUUAUAGGAAAUUUGAAUAAUAAUAAUAAUAAUUUUGAAUAAUUUUAAACAUUUAGCUAAACCCAUCCUUGAUGGAUGUAACCCUAAAUAACAUGCAGGGAUACUAAUCCAAUAAUAAUAAUAAUAAUAAUAAUAAUAAUAAUAAUUUCUGCAUCUUUUUAAAAACGGAAAUAAUAUCCUCUGCCUUAUUUAAAAAUGAAAGCCUUUAUCAAUUUCCUGAAGCUCUUUCUGUGCAUUCUAUUGUGCUGUGAAUUGUACUGCAGACAGUUGCUCAGAUUGUUAAAGCCAUUUUUUUUAUCGAUGCCUCAUUUUGUCAGUUUGAGACAAAAUGAUUAUACCAGCAAUGACAGAGAUUGGAUGUGACAUUUUUCAGUGGUGACUAUACAUUGUGCACUGUGGCUACCACCCAUGAACUGGCGCUUAUGCAAGUAGAUUUUAAGACCUGUGAUAACCUCAUGGUGAUAAUACUACAGUAUGCUGUGAAAGAUCCUACCUAGUAUUGGGUGAUAGAAAAGCCUGAGGCCAUGUCCACAUUAAUGAAUGUAAGUAGAAAAUACUUUUUCUCUGUUGAGCUUCCAUCCACAUGGAGCUUUUUUUUGCAAAAAAACAGCCAGAACCCCACUGACACAUCUGCAUCGCUGUGGACAUGGCUUUAGCUAUCUCAUUCUAUCAGUGGCUGUACAGUACAAGCAUCAUACCAUUAUUAUGAGAACUAUGACGACCAAACUACCUAUCACCACAGUGCAUUAAACAUUGUCUUUAAGACUCUUGUAAGAUGGAGCUGUUAUGUUGGACAGAAGUUAAAGUAUCAGUUUAUGGCUAUACAUUAACACAAGCUUCAGUAUCAACAUAGGUCAGUGAAUUUUUCAUCAAAUUAUUAUACUUUGUCAGCAAUGUCUGUAGUCAUUACUCCAUCUACCUGAACUGAGAUCAGUGACAAGUAUUCAUUAGAGAGCAGAGCAAUGUUAUUUUUUAACUUUUAUAUCAAUGUUAUUUAAAAUGUUUUAAAAAAUCAACUUUCAGUGUGGCUACCAUGAAACAGCUGUAACCAUUUUACGUGUGUCACUUAAAGCUGCUUUCGCAUUACAGAUGGAAAAAUGUUUUGUGCUAUUCUGUCAUGUCAUAA